AUGGCGCACACACCCUCUUUCGCAUCAGCUGCCGCCGGCAUCAACAAUCAAUCCUCCAACCCAAACUCUGCGCGUGAACAAUCGUCCGACUGGCCUCGAAGCAGAACAAACGGCAAUACCCAAACCUUCCGCCGUCCCUCGGGCGCCGCAACUCCUUCCUCCGCCACAAACGACUCCAUGGCCUCGCACGCGGCACGCUAUGUGCCACCCCAUCGCAAUGGCACCAUACCGGACACGCGAUACACCCGCGAACAACUGCUGGAUCUGUACAAGGAGACCCACUCCGCGGACGCUGACUUGCUGCCGGAUCUGUUAAUGGGGGGAUGGCAGCCGGACGUUGCGAAUGGAAAUGCCGCAGGGUGGGGAAGGCAUGACCAUCCACGCGAUCAGCAGUCCGACCCCAACGCUUGUUGGGACCGUGACGGCGAGAUUGACCCGCUAGGACUGCAUGACAUGGGAGACGAGGAGCGAGAUUUCUUCACCACCUCUGUCAACACCCUACUCACCAAGGCCGCGCAAAAGGAAAAUCAGCCUUCUAAUGGGAUCGCGGGACGCAAGGGCUCCAUCUCCAAUGCCACGACUCCUGGCGGCUUUGGGCUCCCAUCGCCCAGUCUUGCUCGUGGCGUUGGUCGUCGCCGGGAGACUGGCGAGUCGUAUCCUUUCCCCGCGAACAGUGUCUCCUCUCCGGGAGGCUUUGGGCGUGAUGAACCACGCGCUCAAUCGCCGCCGCCAUCUCUUUUGCGCCGCAGGACUGACAAUAAAGAUCACGCCAAGCCAGACGAUGGUGAAGACAAACCGUCAUCUACCCCGUUUGGUAGUAUCAAGCGGCAUCCGAUCGGGCAAAUGUCUGCUGGUAUCACUGGCUCGUCGUCUCCCUGGUCUGCUGGUCCUCAAAGUGCCGGCUUGUCGCCAAUGGGCUCUUUUGGGAACUUUGGACUGAACAGCGGGACGCCUGGCGAAAAGCGUUCCGGUCCUGGUAGUACUCGGCCCGAAAGCAGGUUCAAGGGUGUAUUGAGCAAAGACGGCGGCGAGGAUGCUGGACAGCGGCAGGUCGAAAGACAGGCCAGUAUGUCUGGUCUAUCCAGAGUCAAGGAAAACGAGUCCUGGCGCCCCAAAGAUCGUCAGGAACCUGGCAAUACCGCUCCAAACGAGGCCGCGGAGGAGGCUCCAUCUGGAAGUGCUGCGCUUUCUGCUGGUGCUGACGUCAGUCCUCCUCAUGGCCGGCAAGGGUAUCGUGGCUUUGGGACUCCCAGCCGUCAGGGCGCACAAGACGACUUUGGCUUUGGUGCCUUUGGCAUGACUUCUGAAGGUGCGCAGGGCUUUGGCCAGGCUCGAGACACUUUUCAACAGACUCCAGCUCAUCAAAGAAUGGGGCACCCUGCUGGCCAUGAACAGAUGGGCAGUCCGACCGGUACCAACCCCUAUCAAUCUCCCGACCAGCAUGGAGUUGACCGUAUGACAGAGGAGCCGGACCACGAUGGCAGCGAUUCCCAAAGCUCUCAUCUUCCAGGUCUAGCCGGCCUCGGUGGGCUUGGAGCGCUGCCUAACUUGGGCCGUGCGCCGGGUGGAUUAGGUGGACCUGGCGAUCGAAGCCAGACUUCCAGUGUUGGUCCCAAUCGUGGCUUCUCAGGCCUGAGCGGUCUUGGACAGCUGGGCAAUGUCGGCUCUGCAGCCUGGCCUGUCUCUCAGGGCGGUCUUGGGACGCCAAGCAGGCAAACUUCUGGACUCAAUGCUUUCGGUAGCGGCAUCUUCUCAAAUCCCAUGUCGGACAUGCAGUCGCCUGGCCUCGCUGGCCUGGGUGGCAUCAUGGGUCAUCAGGGCGGCUCUUUCGGCGGUCGGGGCAUGUCGAGCAUGUUCCCGUCUGCAAUGCAAGAUCAAAUGCAUGCGCAGAUGCGUGGACAUGAUUCUCAUCCAGAUGAUGGUCGUGAUGGUCAUGACCGGUUCGCUGGACUUGGUGACAUGCGUGGAGCCAGCGACACCCCAUUUGGAAAUUCUGGCUUCCUUGACGGCCGUCAGGAUGCUGGAGAUGUUCAAUUCGGUGCUCCUGGACAGUCUCAAGACCAUGUGCAGCUUCCUCCAGGUAGCUCUGCCUCGAACCAGCCUCCAGCUCCGCAGCAGCGUACUAUGGUCAUGCCUGAUCGUAUGAGAUGGAUCUACCGCGAUCCUCAGGGACAGACUCAAGGCCCUUGGUCUGGCUUGGAGAUGCACGACUGGUACAAAGCCGGAUUCUUCUCCCCCGAGCUGCUUGUCAAGAAGCAGGAGGACCCGGACUACGAGCCUCUAGCGCAGCUGAUCAGACGCAUCGGGAACUCCCGUGAGCCUUUCCUUGUUCCCCAGAUCGGCAUCCCUCAUGGUGCUCCUUCUGUACCGUCCGGUGGURCAUCGACUUGGGCUGGCUCCGGGCCCGCUCCGGGUCCUGCACCAGUCGCUGGAGGAGCACAGCCCCCGUUUGCGUCUAGUUUCCCUAGCUUUGGAACUACUCUCACAGCGGACCAGCAGAAUGCCCUUGAGCGUCGAAAGCAAGAGGAGCAAUAUCUCAUGGCACGUCAGAAGGAGCAUCUCGCUCAAGCGCAAAUUGCUCAGCGCCUAGGCAUGCAGGGAGGACAUCCAUCGCUCGCUGGUCAGCUUCAUCACCACGGCAGCGCGCAUAGCUUGCAGUCGCAGCCUAGCUUUGGAAGUAUCACAAGCCCAACGGCCUACCAGCCGAGCCCUAUCCAAGGCCCCGCUGCAGGCGCACCAUCUGGCCAGCACUCUCAAGGCUUUUUCGACAACUCCUUCCGUUCGACGCAAGCCGGUGGCCUUGGUGCUGUCGGCGCGGGCGUUGACUCUCUCGGCAACAUUCGCGAGGAGGAAAUUCCAGGCAUGAUGGACAGGUUGAAUCUCGGUGGUAACCGCGCUACUCCUGGACAGUUCGGUGCUCCGGGACAGCCAUUUGCAGGACAGCAGCAACCUCAGCAAGCCAGCCAGGAAGACCACGAAAAGCAGAUUCAGCAGAUGCUUCAAGAUAGGGCCAAAUUGCAACAAGAGCAAGCUCAGCACGAUGCCCGCCAGUCUGAGGAAGAACGCCCUGCAUCCAACGAGCGUCUGCAACAAUUCCAGCAGCUUCAGCCUCAAGCGCAGGUCGAUGCUCGUCUGCAACAGGCACAGCAGAAGGCAAUGGCAGCAUCCGAACAGCAACGCAUUCAUGAACUGUCCGCUGAAAACGACACUGCUCCGRCACAGACAGAACAGUCGCGGGAGCCGCUAUCUUUGACAGAGCAAGUCCAGAAAGCCGCUUCUGCGAAGCACUCGCCGGCGCCUGAACAGCCAGGGCUUCCUCAGCCUUUCCCACCUGCGCCAUCUCAAUCUCCCCUCCCAGCUCCAGCUGCGCAGCGGACUGGAAGGCAGAGCGUUGCUGACCAGCUCCAGACCGAAUCGCGUGACCUCUCGCAGACUCCAUCCGUUGACACUCCCAGUGUUGCCGUAGCGCCAUGGGCCAAGGAACCUACCGAGGCUCCCAGAGGACCAUCGCUUCGAGAAAWCCAGGAGGCUGAAGCCAAGAAAGCUGCUGAGGCGGAGGAAAUGGCCGCCGCUGCGCGUCGUGCUGCUUUCCAACGGGAAAUGGAGGCGCAAGCACAAGCCGUUGCUCCUCAGCCCGGUCUUCCAACGACCUCUACCUGGGGCGCUGGAUCUCCUGCGACACCAACGGGGGCCGUUCCUGCCGCUUGGGCCAAGACUGCGCAGAAGCCUGCCGGUCCUGCUAAUUCCAAAACUCUUGCUCAGAUCCAGAAAGAAGAGGAAGCUCGCAAGAGACGGAUGGUGGCAGCGGCCGCACAGGCUCAAGCCACUAUCAUGAGUGCUGUCCCAGCUCCUGCUGGAGGGAAGAGUUACGCCAAUCUUGCUGGAAAGAUUACAAUUCCUCAGGCCGGCCCAAUGGGCACUGGCAGCGCCUGGACUACUGUCGGUGCGAGCGGCAAAGUCAAGACGCCAGCUCCGACAGUGACAAGUCCCGCUGGUAACCGCACCUUGAGCACUGGUGCACCUCCUGUUCUGACUCCUGCUGGCGCUGCUGCACCGACUAGGAAAGCACCCAUUAACAGAGUUGCGUCCAUGGCCAAUACUGCUGCUGUCAACGCUCAAGAUGAGUUCCGCAGAUGGGCUCAAGACACGCUGAGGGGAGACCUCAAGAAGGGUCUCAAUGUCGAGGAAUUCUUUGGGGUGUUGCUCGCCCUUUCCGCCGAGUAUGACACGAUGAUCAUCACAGAGACUGUGCACGGAGCUUCGAAUACCAUUGACUCCAGGCACUUCGGCGAGGAAUUUAUCCGUCGCAAGAAGCUGGCUGACAAGGGGGUUGUGGAAAGCUCUUACCCAAAGAGCGCAUCGCCACAUGUCGCCGCCGAUGGCAAAGCUGGAGGCUGGAGCGAGGUUGCGAAGAAGGGUCCUAGCAAGGAUACGCCCAAGGAGGAAGCCGCCAAUGGCAACUUCAAAAUCGUGCCCACCAAGAAGAAGGGUGGCAAGAAGUGA